AUGAUCCUCCGACCGCUCGCCAUCGGAGCGUUGUGCUUCAGUGUCGCCAACGCCCUCGCCCCCGCCGAUAUCCCCUCGGACACUCCCGUCUCGCAGCUGAUUGAAUCGGCCAACGCCCACCUGUCCCAAGGAAAAGCCCACGAUGCUCUGACCUACUUUGAUGUGGCUAUCGCCAAGGAUCCCUCCAACUACCUGACCAUUUUCAAACGAGGAGCAACAUAUCUCUCCCUCGGCAAGAAUGCCCAAGCCAAUCGCGAUUUCGAUCAGGUGUUGGUGUUGAAGCCCGGCUUUGAAGGAGCUCUGACUCAACGAGCGCGCAUCAAGGGACGGAAUGCCGACUGGGAGGGCGCCAAGAAGGAUUACCUCGCCGCCAACAAGAAGGAGUCGCAAGAAUGGGCCAAUUUGGAGGAAUCCCAAGCUGCCGCCGAUUUAUCCGCCGAUGCAGAGUCUCGAGGGGAUUGGGAGACGUGUGUGAUGCAGGCCGGUACUGCCAUUCUCGUCGCCAACACCGCCUUGGAACUGCGUCAACGUCGGGCGAGGUGUCGAUUCGAAAAAGGCGAGAUCCCCGAAGGUCUGGCCGAUUUACAACACGUCCUCCAAAUCAACCCUUCCCUCACCGAUCCCUCCUUGAAGAUUGCCGCCAUGACCUUCUUCUCUCUUGCCGAACCGGAAAAGGGCAUUACGGCCAUUAGCAAGUGUCUCCACAACGAUCCCGACAACAAAGCCUGCGCCAAACUGCGCAAGACGUUGAAAUCCAUUGAUAGAACGUUGAAGAAACACUCGGCCGCCAUGUCGAAACGCCAAUACGCCACAGCCGUCAAACUUCUCAUCCAUCAAUCCGACGACGAACCAGGUCUUCUGGCAGAAAUCUCCCAGGAGAGUGCCGCUCUUCGCUCCCAAGGACACAUCACCCCACAUGCCCCCUCCGGUCUCUACGCCAACCUCGUGGAGGCGGCCUGCUCCUCCUACACUGAGAUGAACAACCUCAAGAAAUCCCCUCAAUACUGCGACGAAGCUCUCCUCUACAACCCCACCUCCCUCCCCGGCCUCCUCAACAAAGCUCAACGUCAACUCGACGCCGACGAAUACGAAGCCUGCAUCUCCACCCUCUCCACCGCCAAGGAAGCCCACGGCAACCAAAACCCCAAAAUCAACGACCUCCUCCAAAAAGCCCACGUCGCCCUGAAGCGCAGCAAAACAAAGGACUACUACAAAGUCCUCGGCCUCCCCCGCGAUGCCGACGAGCGCGACAUCAAACGCGCCUGGCGCAAACUCACCAUCAUCAAUCAUCCGGAUAAAGCGGCCAAACAGGGCAUCUCACAAGAGGAGGCGCAGAAGAAGAUGGCGGCCAUUAAUGAGGCCUAUGAAGUGUUGGGAGAUGCGGAAUUGAAGGAACGCUAUGAUCGGGGUGAUGACCCGAUGGAUCCCCAGGGUCGAGGUGCCGGGAGUGCGCAGCAUGGGAGUCCGUUUGGGUUUGGACAGGGGGGACAGCCGAUUUUCUUUCAGCAGRGGGGUGGUGGGGGGGGACAGCAAUUUAAAUUCAGCGGGGGAUUUCCUGGAGGUGGAUUUCCUUUUUGA